CUCUCAGUGGAAGACAACCCUGUUUUGGGCUGGUUAUUUGAAGGCUGGGAAAUGGGGAAUGACCUGUCAGCACUUCUCAACAGUUGGUGAGCUCAGGGGAACUUCCUGAAAUAACAGGCAGAGGGAAGUGAAGUUUUACUCGGUGCCCCAGAGGAGUCGGAAGGGAGGGGGGUGUAGUGUCAAAACUGAUCGUUCAGCUGCUAUUCCACCGUGAGAGGCACCCCAUUCGACCGGAGCCCCCUCCGGAUCAUGGAGACGAGGAGUCUACUUUUACUGCUGCUCUGGACACUUCCCCAAUCCGGCACGGUGCAAGGGGAAGUGGUCCGGGAUUUUAAGGAAUGCGUCUGGUUCUUCCAGAACAAGACAACCCCAAAGGGUUUCCCUAUGCGGGGCCGGCUCAGAAUCUGCCAGCGGUAUAAGAAUCAUUACCACUAUGCCACUCUGUACAACAGCGGGCUGCGGAUCCCAGUCUACUCCGCCUACAGAUACCCCUGCACUAUGGGCCAGAGUGCAGGCUACAGACCCACACCCUGGUUUUACGAACCGCAGAUUGAUGAUCAAAAUGCCCCAGGCACGAUAAGAAGCAGCAGCGCAAGUUUCAGUCAGAAUCAGGCAGUGGAUGAAGAUUACCAGGACUCCGGCUACGACAGGGGUCACCUCUACCCAUUUGCACUGAAUGAGAAGGAGAGUGCCACAGCCACCUGUACCCUCACCAACGCAGUCCCCGAGGAGCACACAGCCAAUGUUAACUGGUACCAGGAAGCAGAAUCCAUUGUCGAGAAGUUGGCACGGAUAUGCCACAAGUCUGGCCGGUCGAUGUAUCUCAUUACAGGUGCUGCCAACCCCACAAAGACCAAAAUGAAAAACCGGGUCUCGGUCCCCGGCCUGGUCUGGACAGCUCUUUGCUGCACCUACCCAAGGGACCAGAAUAAUGAUCCCUGUCUCAACAGCAAUGCAGGUUCAGAGGGGAAGGAUGUACUAAGGUACAACGGAGACUUUUCUUUUGCAUUCAUGAAGCAAAUGAAACCUGAACGGAGCACAACGCACUCAACUGUGAGACAACUGCAGAAGAAACUGCGAGUCGACAGGCUGUUUGACAACUGCAGGGGGAUGAGUGAAAACGAGGAAGCGGAAAUCUUCAAAGUGGUGGAAGGGUUGAUUCAGGGUAAAAUUAUUGAUUCUGUUAGCGGAGGAAGUUCCCCUUUGCGACCAUUCGGCUAUGAAGUACAUAUAGGAAUCUUCCGAUUCAUCCGUCACAAGCUCCUGGCUCCUGGUCAAUCCGUGGUACGAGUGGUGUUGAGCAACAUGGUGGAGUUUGCCACAACCAUUGCUCCCAUCUUCCAUGGCAUCCUUCUAGUUUUAGGAAUUCUUGCCAUCAAUGCAUUUGGCAUCCUUAUCAACAAUUACUCUGCCAACCUUAACAGACAAUAGGCCUGCCUCACUAAGACAUUGUAGUUUUAAACACCAGGGCUUGUCUCCUUUAACAAAGCUACUGUUGGUGGACCACUAAUACUGAUUAGGAACCUCAGGAUUAUCAGGAUUCUCAGAUGGCACUAAUCAUUCCAUGGUCAGCAAGCCUUUAUAGGCCCUCAUAACUUAUAACACCCCUAUAAGGGCAAAUUGCCAAAACUCAGAUGCCAGUAGUGUAAACCACCAGAAUUCCUUUCCAUAGUAACAUUAAAAUUUGAUCCUCAGUGAACCACCGGCUCAGGGAUUUCUGUUCUCAGGCAAGCUAGCAUAAUCUUUCAUGGAAAUUAAAAUCCUCAUCCUCCCAACCGGUCCAGAACUUGAGAGUUUUGAGUUGAGAAACCGACCAAAUUCCAAGAGAAUCUUUAGUCAGUUUCCCCAGACAGCCUUUUUCGGGUGUGAAAAGGUAAUUUUGCCACAGUCCCACACUCUUAUUAAAGAGAAACAACUGGUGGUGAGUUUAGCCUGAGGGUCACUAAGCUUCAGGCAAGAGGCAAGGUUGAGAAGAUGGAACUUUCUUGGGGACUUCAGCCCAGUACAAGAAUUGAACCCACGCUGUUGGCAUAAUCACAAACCAACCAUAGGCCAACUGAGCUAACCAUAGACAUCUGGGGGAAUUCCAGGUGUCAGGCCAAUUAACAUCUGAUCAAAGGAUCUUUACCUGUAUCUUCAGCAUUAGAUUGCCUUUUCACUGUGGACAAUCUGCCAGUUUCUAGGGAGGGCUUUCCCUCCCAAUGCAACACUGGGAUUGUCAUACCUUCUUGUGGCAAGUAUUGUCAAUAGUGACUAUCUGUAAGUGUGGAACAAAUACUUUCUGGACUGAAGUGAGUGGUAGUUUUGAUGUUUUUGAAGGUACGACACUGAUCCAGUUGUACAACAAUCAUUUAGAGUAGCUCACAGAUAAUGUUUGACCUGGGCAUGUGUUCACUGGCUGUAGUCAAUCCAAUACCACAUUUGAGGGGUUUCCAUUCUCUUCUAGUCUACCAGAGAUAUUCAGUUCUUUGACAUCCAUCAAUGUAUCUGUGGUGAGAAUCAGAAUUAUAAUGGCUUCUUCCAGUUUAACUGUAGAGAAUGCUGGUAUUGUCAUGAAUAUUAAUAUGGGGAAGGACAGCUACCUCCAACCCUCUCACCAUUCUGACUUGGAAAUGUAUUACUGCUCCUUCAGUGUGUUUGGAUAAAAAUCCUAGAAUACCCUCCCUAACAGCAACGUGGGUAUUCCUACACCUUACUGACUUUCAGUGGUUCAAUAAAAACAAUUUGUCACCUGCUGUGGGGCUUGGGCAACAAAUGCUGGUCUAACUAUAUCCUUUAAAAGAACCAAAACAAAUUUGUGUACUGCUGGUGGAAGUAGAGGUCUUUAGGUCUUUUAAGGGGAGGUGAUGGCCUAGUGGUAUUAUCGCUGGACUAUUAAUCCAGAGAUUCAGGUAAUAUUCUGGGGACCCGGGUUUAAAAGCCAGUGUGGGAGAUGGUGGAAUUUGAAUUCAAUAAAAAAUUUGGAAUUAAGAGUCCAAUGAUGACCAUUGUCAAUUGUCGGGAAAAAAAAACCCCAUCUGGUUCACUAAUGUCCUUUAUGGAAGGAAACUGCCAUCCUUACCCAGUCUGGCCUACAUGUGACUCCAGACCCAGAUCACUGUUGCUGACUCUUAACUGCCCUGUGGGCAAUUAGGGAUAGGCAAUAAAUGCUGAACUAGCCAGUGAUACCCACAUCCUGUAUAUGAAUGAAAAAGAAUGUCUAUCUGGAAAGAAUAAUCAGGAUGGCGCUCAUUUCUAGAAAAGACUAAAGGGUGGCCUGAUGAAGAUCUACAAGAAAGUGUUGGAUAGUGCAGACACAAAGGUUUUCCCACUUACAGGUGAGACCAGAACUAGAGAGAUAAUCAGUUUUAAAUCCAGUAGGGAAUUCAGGAAAAGUCCUUUGACUAGUGAAUGGUCACAGUUUGAAAUACUCAAUCACAAACAGUGAUUAAAAUGCAUAAAAUAGUUGUAUCCAGAGAUAAACUAGAUUAGGUAUAGGAAGGAGAAAGGAGUAGGAGGACACACUCAUUCAAUUGGAUGAAGAGGGUGGAAAGAGGCAUAGUAUAGACUAUUGGGCCAAAUGGCCUGAAAAAGAUGCAUUCAUUUUAUUACAUUAUGGGAUCUGAGCAUUGCUGGCUGGGUCAGUAUUUGUUGCCCAUCUCUGACUGAUUUUUGAAAAGGUGGCGGUGAGCUGCCAUUUUGAACAGAUGCAAUCCAAUACAGGGACAUCCACAGUGUUGUUAGCGAGGAUGUUCUAGGCAACAGUGAAGGAACAACAACAUUGUUCCAAUUUACGAUGGUGUGUGGCUGUGAGGAAACUUGGUGACAUCCCCAUGCAAGUACUGCCCUUGUCCUUCUGGUAAUCUCCAUGUCUGUGGUAAUAUAUAGGAAUACAAGGAAAUUGCAAGUUCAAAUCAGGCCACUUGGCUUAAUCAGUUGAUACUGGAAUUUACACUUCAUGUGAGCUAAACACAUCUCCACUCCCUGUUUCACAAUUCGUCAACCCAGUCUAUGUCAUAGAGUUGUAGAUGUAUACAGCAGAGAAACAGGCCCUUGAGCCCAACUCAUUCACGCCAACCAAAUUUCAUAAACUGAACUAGUCCCAUUUGCCUCCAUUCAGCCCAUUAUCCCUCUAAACUUUUCCUAUCCAUGUACUUAUCCAAAUGUCUUUUAAAUGUUGUAAUUGUACUCACCUCUACUACUUCCUCUGGCAGCUCAUUCCAUUUACCCAGUGUGUGAAAAAGUUGCCCCUCCAGUCCCUUUUAAAUCUUGCCCCUGUCACCUUAAACAUCUGCCCUCUAGUUUUAGACUCCCCUACCCUGGAGAAAAGAUAUUGGCUAGUCACCUUAUCUAUGUCUGUCAUGAUUUUGUGAACCUCUCUAAGGUCACCCAUCAUCCUCCAAGGCUCCAGGGAAAAAAAAAGUCCCAGCCUACCCACCCUCUCCUUAUAGCUCAGACUUCUGUCACCUAGUAAUCUUGAGUGUUGACAUUGUUCCUGCCUAAACCACAAACACUGCAAAUGAAUUCUACACUUACCUUUAUAAAAAAGGUUUCAGGGGCUGUCUUUGUGGUGCAGGAGUCCUGUGUUAGAGUCCCACCCACUCCAGUGGUGUGUAAUAGAGUCUGAACAUGUUGAUUAGAAAAAUAGAUCUGCUCCUAUGAUGCUGCUUGGCCUGCUGUGUUCAUCCAGCCCUGCACCUUGUUGUCUAGAUUUCUCUUGCCGUCUGUUCUAAAUUUGAAAGCUUUGGAGUGGGUGCAGAGGAGAUUUAUCAAACUGAUUCCUGGGAUGAGGAUUUAGCUGCGGUACAGGGUGUGGCACGGUGGCUCAGUAGUUAGCACUGCUGCCUCACAGCGCCAGGAACUUGGAUUUGAUUUCACUCUCGAGCAACUGUCUGUGUGGAGUUUGCACAUUCUCCCUGUGUCUGUGUGAGUUUCCACCGGUGCUCCGGUUUCCUCCCACAGUCCAAAGAUGUGCAGGCUAGGUGGAUUGGCCAUGCUGCAUUGCCCAUAGUGUUCAGGGAUGUGUAGAUUAGGGGGGUUAUAGGGGGAUGGGUCUGGGUGGAAUGUCUGAGGGUUGGUGUGGACUUGUUGGGCUGAAGGGCCUGUUUCCACACUGUAGGGAUUCUAUGAUGAAUACUAGAGGUCUACAAAAGUAGGAGAGGCAUAGGUGGGGUCGAUACUCAGAGGCUUUUUCACAGGGUAGAAAGGUCAACUACAAGAGGGCACAGGUUCAAUGUGAGAGGGGUAAAGUUCAGUGAAGUGCGGGGAAAAUUUUUCACAGUCAGGGUGAUGAGUGCCAUUGGAGAUGGUGGAAGCAGAGAUUUAUAAGGAAGAUUUUUCUAUCUACUGAGUGAGUAGGCUUUGGAAUGAGCUGCCUGGUGGAGCAAUCGGUACAGAUUCCAUACUAACCCCCAAAAGUGAAUUAGUUAAAUAGUUGAUGAAAUACAUUUCAGGGAAAGAACUAAGAAUUGGGAUUAACUGAAUUGCUCUUUAAAAGAAAUGACACAGACCUGAUAGUCCAAAUGACCUCCUCAUGCAGUAUUACUCAAUGUUUCCAUGAAAUUUCUAGUCUUAUAUCAAAGGCCCCUCAAUCUAGCCCGUCAACUCCCAGGAACAGUCUGUUUCUAUACCCCAUCAUAUUCUUUUGCAAUUUUAAUGAAUCUGCCUUUAUUGUCCUAUAAUGUGUGUUGUUUUAAUGUAAAAUGCCCCAAUUUUUAGUGUCUUUAUUUUCUCAUCAUGGACACAAUUCUAGUGAAUUAUCCAUUGUGACACCUCUAAAGUCUCAAUAUCUUUGCAAUGCAGUGUGACGUCCAAAACUGAACGCAGUGCACUAAAUGGAAUCUUAAUGAGUUUUAAUGCAGGCUCCUCACCACCUCUUUGUUUCCACCUCUACUUUCUUUUUACUCAAUCAAGGGAUCUGGGCAUCAUGGGAUAUCAACAUUCAUUACCCAUCUGCAAUUGCCCUUCCAAAGGUGGUGGUGAGGUAUCUUUCUUGAACUUUUGCAGCCAUGUGAUGUAUGUAAGCCCAUUGUUAGAGUUGUAGAGAUGUACAGCAUGGAAGCAGACCCUUUGCUCCAACUCAUCCAUGCUGACCAAAUAGUCUGUAUUAAUCUAGUCCCUUUUGCCAGCAUUUGGCCUGUAUUCCUCCAAACCCAUCCUAUUCUUAUCCCCAUUCAGAUAUCUUUUAAAUGUUGUAAUUGUACCAGUCUCCACCCUUUCUUUUGGCAGCUCAUUCCAUUACAUGCACCACUCUCUGAAUGAAAAAGUUACCCAUUAGGUUCCUAUUAAAUCUUUCCCCUCUCGUCUAGUUUUGGACUCCCCUAUCUUGGGGUAAAGACCUUGGCCAUUCACCCUAUCCAUGGUCCUCAUGAUUUUAUAAACUUCUAUAAGGUCACCCCUCAUUUUGCGAUGCUCCAGGGAGAAUAGCAACAGCCUAUUCAGCUUCUCCCUACAGGUCAAACCCUCCAAACCUGGCAACAUCUUUGUAAACCUUUUCUGAGAACUUACAAGUUUCACAACAUCUUUCCUAAUAGCAGGGAGACCAGAAUUGAACGCAGUAUUCUAAAAGUGGUCUAACCAAUGAUAUGUACAGCUGCAACAUGACUUUCCACCUCCUGUACUCAAUGCACUGACCAAUAAAGGCAGUAUACCAAACGUCUCUCCAAUACCCUGUCUACCUUCGACUCUGAUUUCAAGGAACUAUGAACCUGCACUCCAAGGUCUCUUUGUUUGGCAACACUCCGCAGGACCUUAUCAUUAAGUGUAUAGAAGGGAAGGGUUUUAUAGCACAUAUCUAGAAUUCCAUGAGCUUCCCUUCUUAACAUUCUUGCAUUUCUGACAUGUUAGCUCUGGUGUUAUGAACCUAUAACUCCGUACCUUGCAAGUUUCUACAAAGGCCCGCAACUCUGAGCCUGGUUCCAUUCUAACUAUCGUUGCUGCCGUUAUUUUUACCAAAAUGUAUUCAUAGGAAAUAGGAGCAGGUGUAGGCGAUACUGCCCAUCACUCCUGUGCCAUACAGCAGAUCAUGGCUGAUCUUCUACCUGAACACCAUAUUCCCUCGCGGUCCCCAAAACCCUUGAUAUUUUUAAUCUCUGGAAACCUAUUGAUCUCUGUCUUCAAUAGCAUCAAUGAUUGAGCAACCACAGCUGCCUUGAGUAGAAAAUUCGCAAAAUUCAUGACCCUCUGAGUGAAAAAAUUCCUCCUUUUCUUAGCUGUAAAUGGCCUGACCCUUAUUUUAGACUGUGACCCCUCAGCCAGACCCCUAAGUCACAGAAACAACGUUUUUGCAUCUACCCUGUUGAUCCCUGUAAGAAUUUAUAUGUGCUUCAGGGAGAUUGACUCUCAUUCUUCGCAAUUUUAGUGAAUGUAAUGUUAUUUGUGUGAUAAUAGUUUCCAAUUCCAAAUUAUCUGUACAAUGCCUAUGAUAUACAUAACACACUAUGUUGUACAUAUAUGUUAUUGAUAUUAAAUUUCACCUGCUGCCUUCCAGCCUAUUUCCCUCACAUGGUAUACGUGAGGCUGGUCACAAGGUGUACCUGCCUGCACAGAUGUUACACCUUUUCAACUUCUUGGAACUGUUUCUGCUGGAAAUAUGCCAUUGCUGAUUCUUUGGCAGUCUCUCAGGGUCAAGGAUGUCUUGCUUUCAAAUUGAUUUCAAUGUGAUGCAGUUGGUUCACAAUGAACUUAUUUCACAAACAGUAUGAACAGCAGUGUGAGCAGAACCUCCACCCUGCACCCCCCAAAAUGCCAAAUACCUCAAAACAAAGCAGCCCAUGACAAGGAUAUUAUGAAUCCAUCAGUAGCUGGUGCAAUGUGGUGUUAUAGGAAGAUUACGUUCAAAAGGAAUGUAUCACAGCUUGAAAAGGACCUAGUUGAAGGUCAUUGUGUGAUGGUGAUGAGAUCUAACACCACCAACACAGAUGGAGCCUGAAAAAGGUUGUUGUAGAGCAACUCCUUUCAUAACUCUUCUCUGUGUUUAAUGUUUUAACUUAAAGAUUUUUCUACAGUAGCCAAUUUUUUUAACAUGUUAAAUAGACCCAGGUAGAGUUUCUGAUUGCAAUUAACUGUGUUUGUGAGUGUGUGAGGAUACAAGUGUGUAGAUGUGAGAAUAUGAGUAUGUGAGGAUAUGAGUGUGUAAGUAUACAAGGAUGUGUGUGUGGGGAUACCAGUGUGUAGUUGUGUGAGGAUAUGAGUGUGAGUGUGUGAGGAUGUGAGUGUGUGGGGAUACCAGUGGUGUGAGGAUGUGAGUGUGUAGGUGUGUACACUUGGGAUUAUCAUAUCCCAGUGGUUUUAUCUUAAAGGUUUUGUCGAAGAAUGUCACGAUUCCUUGUGAAAAACUGCUUGAGGAGAUUUGAUCCACUCAAUUAAGUACAGCAAAUUGACAAGUCUGAUUGUGUAAAAUUUUGUUUUUUGAGAUAUUGAGCAAUAUCUUAAUUUAUAUUUGCCAGCUCAUCUUUAUUGAAAUACUCCAGUGUCAAACAGAAUAAGGCUCUUAACUGGCUUUAAUACUAACAUGUGAAUUAACUUGUUUAUCACAAAUUAUAUUGUAAUUGAUGUGUGCAACAAUGAAAAAUAAAUACAAUAAUUUUUGUUCCAAAGUC